AUGGCUCCUAAUCGCGUGACGACGAAGGUGAUCGUCGUCGGCGGUGGCGGCACCGUCGGUUCCUCAACCGCCCUGCACCUCGUUCGUUCCGGGUACACUCCUUCGAACAUCACCGUCCUCGAUACGUAUCCCAUUCCCUCGGCGCAGUCUGCCGGCAAUGAUCUUAACAAGAUCAUGGGGAUCCGCCUUCGGAACAAAGUCGACUUGCAACUGAGCUUAGAGGCUAGAGAUAUGUGGAACAAUGAUGGGCUGUUCAAGCCUUUCUUCCAUAAUACCGGCCGACUCGACUGCCACAGCACAGUCCAAGGCAUCGCGUCUCUCCGCCGGCAAUACCAGGAGCUACUUGAUGCCGAUGCCGGUCUAGAAAAGACGAAUGACUGGUUGGAUAGCGAGGACGAGAUAUUGGCUAAGAUGCCACUUCUCCAGCGAAACCAAAUUCAGGGGUGGAAGGCCAUAUUUAGCAGAGACGGUGGCUGGCUGGCCGCGGGCAAGGCGAUCAACGCGAUCGGUGAGGUACUACGCGAUCAAGGUGUUAAGUUUGGAUUCGAGGGUGCCGGAUCUUUCAAGCACCCCCUCCUCGGAGAGGACGGAACGACCUGCAUCGGCGUCGAGACGGUGGAUGGGACUAAGUACUACGCCGACAAGGUCGUUUUGGCUACUGGAGCCUGGAGCCCGGCUUUAGUAGACCUGGACGGCCAGUGCUGCUCCAAGGCCUGGGUUUACGCCAUGAUCCAAUUAUCGCCCGAAGAAGCGGCGGAGUAUAAGGACACGCCCGUCGUAUAUAACGGCGAUAUCGGCUUCUUCUUCGAGCCCAACGAAGACGGGAUCAUCAAGAUCUGCGACGAGUUCCCGGGUUUCACUCGCUUCAAGCAGCACCAGCCCUACGGUGCUGGGAGUCCCAAGACCAUAUCCGUCCCGCGAUCCCACGCGAAGCACCCCACCGACACAUAUCCAGACGCGUCAGAAACGUCGAUCCGGCGGGCCAUCGCAACGUUCCUCCCGAACUUCACACACAAGGAGCUCUUCAACCGAGCCCUGUGCUGGUGCACGGAUACUGCAGACGCGGCGCUGCUUAUCUGUGAGCACCCGAAGUGGAAGAACUUCAUUCUCGCCACGGGCGACAGCGGGCACACCUUCAAGCUGCUGCCCAACAUUGGAAAGCAUGUCGUCGAGUUGAUCGAGGGAAACCUGGCUCAGGACCUCGCACACGCGUGGCGAUGGCGGCCGGGAGGCGACGCCCUCAAGUCGAGGCGUGCGGCGCCGGCUAAGGACCUAGCGGAUAUGCCAGGAUGGGACCACGACGAUGAGUCGUCCAAAGCGAGGAUAUAA